UGCAUACAUAGACGAACGCCUUCAACAUGAAGUUCCUCGUCACAGCACUGGCCGUGUUCGCCGCCACAGCCACCGCAGAAACCAGCAAAGACAAGAUCGAGGCGUCUGUUUUCCAGGAUUGCAUCGACCAUCUAGCGACAGACCUCAACGCCGGCAUGAACGGAAACCUCACCGUUUGCUACCUGCUGGACUGCUCGAACGAUAUGGCCACGGAUAAAGGCUACGGAGAUGCAUUCACGGACAUGUUCAAGAUUCUAGACCCUAUCUGUGAUUUCGACAAGCUGCACUAAGGUGUUGUGGGAUCCUCUUUGGAUGGCACUUGACUUGGACGCGGGUUAGGCGUUGACGAC